CUGGUGUCUCCGUAUUCGUUCAUACAUUUACGUGUGUUUAACCACAACUCCAUCAAAAGGGACGCCCUGUUAGGCGAGGCCACGAUCGACGUCUACGAACUGCUGACCCGCAACGGCGGCCACUUUGAACGACUGGCCUGUCCUCUGCAGUUACAGUCGCCGACCAGUAAUGGCCCGAAAACGAGUCGAAAUCCGUGUUAUUUGUACACAAUGUUGGAUGGAUUGCGAGUCGAGAUGAAUAGGUAUCCGCCGAAAGAGACUCAAAUCCAACGCUCGAUGGGUGUCCGACCUGUCAGUAACGGCGACGACGUCGGCGGCACCGGUAGUCCGUCGUCGUCCUCCACACCACUAUUGCCUCGAAUCGCCGAAUCGGAUGCAAUGGCGUCGUCGCCGUCGGCCGCAGCUCAAGACGGCGGCGCCGGAGACACCGUUACGGCCAACGGAGGCGUUCCUAACGGAGUGGCCAACGGUGUGCCCAAUGGUGUCAACUCUAUUCUCAGUUCACUGCCCCGUUGGUCACUCAACGACCCCAACCCUAACCUAAGAGUCGCUAACCCUAACCAGACUGUGAGCGCCGCCGAACCGACGAUUGCCGCACCGGCCGCCCAGCAGAGGGAGAGCGCCCCACCCGUUGCCACACCCGUUCCCAGACCUAGUCCUGCGCGGCAAACAUCAUUACCGGCGCCACCGCCGCCUCCCGUACAACCGCCUCCAUUGCCUGCCGUCGCGCCCACCGCUCAGCCACCAUCGGUACCACCGGCUGUGGAUGAGGAGCCCCUUCCCACCGGUUGGGAGAUUAGAUACGAUUCAUUUUCAAGAAAGUAUUACGUGGACCACAAUUCCCGGUCCACGACAUGGGAACGGCCGCAACCGUUACCCCACGGCUGGGAAAUGAGACGCGACAAUAGGGGACGAGUCUAUUACGUCGAUCACAACACUAGGACGACGACAUGGCAGAGGCCAACGCCCGAACACGUGCGCAAUUUCCAACACUGGCAGUCACAACAGGGCUCUAUUAUGCAACAAUGCGGUCAGAGGUUUCUCUACGAUCACUCCAAUAAUAACGGCACGGUCGCCAACGGCACGGCUAACCCGCCGGCGGCCACCGCCACACCCGCCAGCACUGCGGCGCCCGCCGAAGAGGACUCGACGCUCGAAGCGCUGCCCGAGGGUUGGGAACGACGAGUGGAUCCGAGCGGAAGAGUCUAUUUUGUUAAUCAUAAAAAUAAAACGACUCAAUGGGAAGAUCCGCGAACUCAGGGUAAAGAGACGCCAAACCUGACGGCAGACAUACCGCUGCCUCAGGGCUGGGAAAUGAAGUACACGACGGAAGGGACGCCUUAUUUCGUGGACCACAACACGAAGACAACGACAUUCAACGACCCGCGCGGACCAAAGAUAGGCAAAGGCCAGUACGGGGUGCCCGCGGCCUACGAGCGCUCAUUCCGGUGGAAGUUAACGCAAUUCCGAUAUCUGUGUCACUACAACGCCCUCCCGAGCCAUAUCAAGAUACAGGUCGCGCGCGCCAACAUCUUCGAGGACUCCUUCCACGCCAUUAUGAGGGUUCCGCCCCAUGAGCUCAGGCGCCGACUCUUCAUCACGUUUCGCAACGAAGAAGGGCUCGAUUACGGCGGUAUCGCCAGAGAGUGGUUUUUCCUCCUCUCACACGAAGUGUUAAAUCCGAUGUACUGUCUGUUUGAAUACGCGGGCAAAAACAACUAUUCACUUCAGAUCAAUCCGGCCUCGAGUGUAAAUCCGGAUCAUUUGCUUUACUUUAGAUUCAUUGGACGAUUCAUUGCAAUGGCUUUAUUUCAUGGAAAGUUCAUAUACUCUGGUUUUACGCUUCCGUUUUAUAAGCGAAUGUUAGGCAAAAAGCUGGUCAUGAAAGACAUCGAAUCAAUUGAUCCCGAGUUUUAUAAUUCGCUUCUUUGGAUUAAAGAGAAUUCCGUAGAAGAAUGUGGUCUUGAGUUAUAUUUUUCGGUUGAUUUCGAGAUCUUAGGACAAAUACAAUCGCAUGAAUUAGUGCCCAAUGGGGGCGACAAACGGGUCGACGACCAGAACAAAGACGAGUACUUAAGACUAAUGACUGACUGGAGGUUUAGCAGAGGACAAGAAGAACAGACGAAAGCCUUUUUGGACGGCUUUAACGAAGUCUUACCACUCGAAUGGUUACACUAUUUCGACGAAAGAGAAUUAGAGCUAUUGUUGUGCGGAAUGCAAGAGAUAGACAUCGAGGACUGGCAGCGCAACUCCAUAUACAGACACUAUACUAGAAAUUCAAAGCAAAUCAUAUGGUUUUGGCAAUUCGUGAGAGACGGUUGCGAUAACGAGAAACGCGCCCGACUUUUGCAGUUCGUCACAGGCACGUGUAGAGUACCGGUGGGAGGGUUUGCAGAGUUGAUGGGCUCUAAUGGUCCGCAAAGGUUUUGCAUCGAAAAGGUGGGCAAAGAGAAUUGGUUGCCGCGUUCGCACACGUGCUUCAAUCGACUCGAUUUACCGCCUUAUAAAUCGUACGAACAAUUGGUCGAAAAGCUUACGUUCGCUAUCGAAGAGACCGAAGGCUUCUCUCAGGAAUAGCGGCGCCCAAAGCAGAGGCGGACCGAAAGUACGACCACUGGAAUCGCCCGAAGAGCCCAACAAAUUCACUCAAAUCUAUAUAUAAAAUGUGUGUUUCAAAUAAAUUGUAGACACACUUCGACUGUUAGUCUCUAUGCGACUAAUCUUAUUGUUAGACUUGUUGUUUAUGCUUAACAUUAGGCACUCAAAUGUGUUGUUUUGAAUACUACGCGAUGAGAACUACGAGUUGUUUUUAUCCCUAUAUAUAAUUGUUAUCUGUUUACGAAUUCUCUCACAUUUUUUAAAGUUUUAGAAUUUAUUGAUUAUUAAAAUUCAU